GACAAUUGAAAAUUAUUAUCAUUGCUUUACCUUUCUAAAAAUGGCCUCCGCCACGAUGAAACAAUGGACCAUUGAUCAUCCCGAUAAGGACAUGGAAGGUUUGCGCCUAGAAGAAGUGUCAUUACCUUCAGUAUCCGAUUACGACGUGCUAGUGAAGUUCGAGGCAGCAGCCCUCAACUAUCGUGAUGCGGCUAUCGCCAAGGGAACGUUUCCCUUCGCACACAAGUAUCCAAUCGUCCCAGUUUCCGAUGGUGCUGGUGUGGUCAUAGAAGUUGGAUCGCGAGUGAGAGAAUUUUCCCAAGGCGACAGAGUUAUCACCGUCUUCAACCAAGGGCACCAGUAUGGUGACAUCGAUCCUUAUGCAGCAUCAACCGGGGUUGGUGGAACCAUCGAUGGUUGUUUUCGCCAGUUCGGCGUUUACAGCGAAUCCGGAUUGGUUAAAUCUCCGAAGAACUUGACUGCCCUGGAGAGUAGUACGCUACCCGGCGCUGCGCUUACCAGCUGGAAUGCACUGUAUGGUCUCAGGCCCAUCAAGGCAGGGCAAUGGGUUCUAGUUCAGGGAACAGGGGGGGUUGCUAUUUCCGGGCUCCAGUUAGCAAAGGCUGCCGGAGCAACGGUUAUCGCGACGACUUCGUCAGAAGAAAAGGCUACGAAAUUGCGCGCAUCUGGGGCUGAUCAUGUUAUUAACUACCGAGACCAGCCGAAUUGGGGUGAAGUUGCCCGCCGUCUAACACCUGGUCAAGCUGGGAUCGACUACAUUCUAGAUAUUGGAGGUACCAAUACACUCGACCAGAGCCUCAAAUGCAUCAAGAUGGAGGGGAUCAUCAACCUGAUCGGGUUUCUGGGCGGCAGCGACCAGUCUCAGCCGGGAUUCUUGGAUGCUCUGAGUCACAUUUGCACUGUUAGAGGCCUUUAUGUUGGCAGUCGUGCGAUGCUAAAGGACAUGGUUCAAGCAUUCGAAGCAAACAACAUCCGCCCUGUCCUCGAUUCGAAAGUCUUCACGCUUGAACAGGGAAAAGAGGCCCUGGAAUACUUGGCCGCUCAGAAGCAUUUUAGUAAAGUUGUGGUAAAGAUUGACUGAAGAGUAGGAUUAUAGUAGGAGGGAUGUCUUCAGACUCGAGGUUUCUAAAACCUCUCUGUAUUAUAUACUUGGUUCGGUCCUUUACGAACGUCGUUUGUCGCCACCAUUAUUGAUUUUACCACCUUGAUCG